AUGCUCUUCAGAACCCCCCUUCAAAACUCAAUUCCGAGGAGGGCAUCACGACUUAUUCCCUCACUGUCAACCAUCUCAAGACGUCAAUUCACAGAUGCUGCAUCUCACACAUCCAACAAGAUCCAAAUAUAUACUUCAAAAUCCCGGGACCCUUUCCUCAACCUCUCUGUUGAGCACCAUCUCCUUCAGAAGACCCCUCCCGAGUCAACAAUCCUCUUCCUCUACACCAACGAUCCCUGUAUCGUCUUUGGCCGCAACCAGAACCCAUGGAUGGAGAUAAACCUUCCAAGACUUGACCGGUUCCGUAAUGAUCCUGCAAGUGUAGGUUGGACUGGUGGACCAGUGCAGCUCGUGCGUCGUCGCUCUGGAGGUGGUGCUGUUUUCCACGAUGAAGGGAAUAUCAACUUCAGUGUUAUUUGCCCUCCCGCUGUAUUUGAUCGCAACAAGCAUGCAGAGAUGAUUGUAAGGGCACUCUCAUCUCUUGGAAAGCCAAACACUCGGGUCAAUGAACGACAUGAUAUUGUCAUGGAUAUCCCCAAUGAUCCCAUCGGCACCUACAAGAUCUCGGGGUCCGCCUACAAACUCACUCGCCUGCGCUCUCUCCACCAUGGAACUUGUCUCCUCCGUAGCCCGAACUUGAAGAACAUAUCAGGCAUGCUACGCUCACCUGCUGAGCCCUACAUCAAGACUCGAGGCGUUGACAGCGUCCGCAGCCCCGUUCGAAACGUGGGUAUCGAGAACGCUGCUUUCGAGGCUGCUGUGCUAGAGGAGUUCGCACGCAUGUAUGGCGAGGCUCAAGUUCGAGAGGAAGUCAGCGACAAAAUGCUUGAACUGGAUGUCAUCAGAAAGGGCUACAGCGAGUUGCAAUCUCGGGACUGGAUCUAUGGCCAAACACCAAAGUUCACCUUCUCGAACUAUCCAUAUGCUGAAGACCCUCGGGAACGUCCGCAACUGGACUUUGAUACCAAAGUCCACUUCGAAGCCAGACACGGUGUUAUUGAGAGGUUCAGAGCCGAUGGUGCAUCAUCUGCUACGACAGAAGGUGACUUGUCAGCUCUCGCGUCAUCAUCCAUUUACAACGUCUCCAGCUGGAGCGCACAGCUUUCCCAAGCUGGUAUGUCCGACACACAGGCGGCAAAGGUCGGGCCAUGGAUGGACAGCGUUCUAGGAGUCGAAUUUACAAAGCCCGCUCAAUAA